GAUUAACUUUGUAGUCAUUGAUCAUACCAUGUUGUAAAUAUAAUUAGAGUUUAAAAAAAUGGGUCGUGUCCAUUCUCUCAAAAUCAAAACGCGUACAAACCAAACCAAAAAAAUCAAAACAGUUCAUUCAUUGAGGGAGGGAGUGGAACAUGAAAAAAAAAUUGAACACCUAACUUUAAAACUGUUGAUUGAUUGAUUUGAUCUAUAUAGACUGUGUUUUGAAGGUUCAUUAACUUGAAUUGAAAUCAUUAUAUCAUCAUCAUAAAGUAAUAGAUAAUUGUUCCAAGAUGAAGAUAACUAUUCAAAGUGUUUCAGUUUUCCUUUUAUGUUUUAUUCAAUUGAUAAGUUGUCAUAAUGUAUUAUUAGCUCCAUAUGGUAAACAAUGCUUUUUUGAACAUUUAAAGAAGAAUGAUGAAUUGGCUAUUAGUUUCCAAGUUGGAAGUAGAAAUCCUCAUAAUCAUGAACAAUAUAAUAUUGAUUUUAAUAUUAUUUCUCCAAGUGGACAAAUUUUAUUAAAGAAGCAAGCAUUAGAUCAUGGUGAUGAAAGUGUUAAAGCUCCAGUUAAUGGGAAAUAUAUUUAUUGUUUUUCAAAUGAAAGAACUAAUAGGGUUGAUGUUGAUGUUUCAUUUAAUAUUCAUGGAGUUGUUUAUGUUGAUAUUAAUGAUCCAAAAUCAGAUACUUUAGAUUAUGCUAUUCAAAGAUUAAGUCAAUUAACUAAUGAUGUUAAAGCUGAACAAGGUUAUUUAGUUAUAAGAGAAAGAACUCAUAGAAAUACUGCUGAAUCAACUAAUUCAAGAGUUAAAUGGUGGUCAGUAUUUCAAAUUAUUGUUGUUGCUGUAAAUUCAGUAUUUCAAAUUUAUUAUUUAAAGAGAUUUUUUGAAGUUAAAUCAGUUGUCUAGAGUCAAUUCAAGCUUUAGCUUGGAUUGAUUAAGUUACGUUAAUUUAAAACUUCAAAGUAAUUCAAUUUAAAUCAUAUCAUAUAUAGCUUUUAUAAACCCCCCAUAAUAUUACAUAUACAUAUACACAUACACAUACAUAAAUCUUAAAUCCUUUCAAUUCCUAUUCUAUCCGUAUAUGUUAGUUUAUAGUCUGGGGUAAUUGUUAUAGUUUGAGUUAUUUAAAAAUUAGCGGUUAUCCAUCCAUAGGAUUGUUAUAGCUUUAAAGGGUUUAAGAACUAUAUCGUCGUCGUCGUUAUAAUUUUCGGG